GAGACUGUCCCUAUCUUGGCCAGUCGGUAUGCGAGGAGAGGAGAGACACGCUAUCCUCGGAUGCAUCACUGGCGAGCACAAGACAAGCCGCUUGCCAGACAGUUAUCGGCUCUCCUCGACGAUCCUGAGCUUGAAGUUCUCACUGAGUUGGCACCGUCGAUCGAGGAGGAGAGUCAGUUUUAUAUUCGCGAAUUGCCUCUUCGUACUGCGCAUGACGAUCAGAUGCCUGAUUCCAGGAUGGAUCGAGAUAGGGAGGAUCGUUCAGUAUUACCUCCGUUGAGGAUAUCACCUCCACCGAUGAGAGCACGUCCAGCGAGGAUGUCACCUCCGCUGAGAAGAUCACGUCCAGCUACGCCAGAGGUUCAGAUGCCUGAGUCCAGCGUUGAUCGAGAUAGAGAGGGCCGUCCAGUAUCGCCUCCUGCACCUAGUCCCCGUGCUUCGACGAUUGAUUUGUUCGACCUCCUGAUAGAGAUGAGAGGAGACAUGGCAGAGUUACGGGAUAAUGUCGUGACACUACGAGCUGAGCUCGGGGACAUGGCACAGUUACGAUAUGAUGUCGCGAUGUUACGAGCUGGGUUAGGAGACCUCCAUGCUGAGGUUGCAGCGAUACGGGGUGACAUAGCAGGCCUGCGUGGGACGAGCGAUUAUCGAGAUGGAGGAGGUAGCAGAGGGACAGGUCACUAUCGGGACGGAGGGGGUGACGGAGGGACUGGUGGCUAUCGAGAAGGAGGGACUGGCGGUUAUCGGGACGAAGGGGGUGACGGAGGGGUCGGUGGUUAUCAGGGGGAGGGGGUCAGAUGGGGAGCGAGAGAGGAUACCUGUGGUGGAGGGGAUGCCCGACAGGAUAUACCUGAGGACGUGGAGGGGGUACCCGAGGAGGAGAGGGUAACGGAGAUGGAGGUGGAGGUGGUAUAG